CUCAGCCCCGCCCUGCCCCUUGUCCGCGGGUGGACACUGGUGGCUGCAGGCUUGGGCUGUGCCGGGCGGGCGGGGAGCCGUCGGCUCUGUGUGUGCGCGUGCGGGGAGCCCGGAGCUGCGGCGGGCAUGAGGUAGGUGAAAGCCCUGAGUAUCUGAGCAAGGCAGCAUGGCAAUGUUCCUGGGGGCCAAGAAUGCCCACUCGGUUCUCAAACGCUUCCCCCGGGCCAACAGCUUCCUGGAGGAGUUCCGCCAAGGCACUAUCGAGCGAGAGUGCAUCGAGGAGAUCUGCAGCUAUGAGGAGGUCAAGGAGGUGUUUGAAAACAAGGAGAAAACGAUGGAGUUCUGGAAAGGAUACACCAACUCUGUCUACUCCGUCAAGGACCCCGGGCAGGGCACAGAGCGCUCAGAUGCCAUGUAUGUGGUGGUGCCUCUCCUGGGAGUGGCUCUGCUCAUAGUCAUUGCCCUGUUCAUCAUCUGGAGGUGUCAGCUGCAGAAGGCCACGCGCCACCGUCCCUCGUACGCCCAGAACCGCUACCUCGCCAACCGAGCGGGCCGCAGCCUUCCCAGGGUCAUGGUAUACCGAGAGACAUCUCACAGCCAAGGGGAGGGCCAGUCCCAGCGCGAGCCAGGCAGCAGGGUGCCUGCUGAUGGCAGAGCAGGAGGCAGCUCCCAGCUGGAUGGCACUCUUUACCCGCCGGAGCAUUCCGUCUCAGUCCUCUCCAGACUGUCUAGCGCCACCCCUCCCCCUUCCUACGAGGAGGUGACCGGGCACCCGGAGAGCAGCAGUGGCGAGGAAACCAGCAUCUCCUACAAUGACCCACCGCCCAAAUACGAAGAGAUAGUGGGAGCGGCCCCUGCCUUGGGCAAAUAGUGGCGCUAGCUCCCUGCGCCUGGACCCUCCUUUUGGUGUAAUUCUCUCUUUCACUUUUACUAGACGAUGCCAUCACAGAAAAGCCUUACCUUCUUCGCUCACCAAAAAUAACCGUCCCUAACGGGGUGGAGGGUGGCACUAGAGUCCAGGCUAGGGUGCAGUGGAGAGCAGCCACCGAUGCAAGAAGGCACAAGCCCUGGAGAUCCCCCCUUUCCUGCAGCCACAAUCCAGCUCGCACAGGCUCUGCAUGGAGAGAGACCAGCCCCCGAGAGGCACCCUGGCAGGUUGUGUUAGGUUCCUUGGUGCCCAUGAUCACUGGGGUGAAGGGAUCUCGCAGCAGUGGAAUUCCUCUCCCUGUAUCCCAGCAAAGCCCCAUUUCUUUUUGUAGUGGGAAGAGCAGAGCAGCAUGAACAAAACCUUCCCAAGGGGCAAGAGGUGCUUCCUGCCCACCCCAAACAGGCAGCUCUGCCCAUGCGACAUGGCACUCACAGAAGCGAGGAGGGGUGCUCUGUGGAGCGCCAGGCUGCGAGAACAGAGAAUGGCCCCGCCAGCCCUUUCCCAUAAGUGCCAUAACAGCAGGAGAUGAGUGGCAGAUUGUCGCUGGCCCUGUGGGGGUUCUCGGCGGUGUGUUCAAUCCAAAAAAUAGUAUAUUGUCGUCCUGUGUUUGAAACAGCCACAUUGCUGCCUCGGUGCCCACCUCAGCCCCACUGCAUAUGCACACACUGUCCCUGGUAUCCAUGGCGCUGAGAUGCCCAUAAACAUGGGACCAGCGAACAGAUCCUUUUCAAUGUUUCUUACAACAUCCGUCAGUGGAGCUGAUGAUGGUUUGUGCCUCAGCAGUCGUGUUGCUCCUACGUCUGGAUGAGGUCCUGUUUUUCCCUGCAUCUGGACUGUGGGAUCUUUAUCUGUGAGAGGGUAGGGGAUGGUCCUGGCUAUUUCACUGCUCACUUGUUUAGCACUGAUACUUUAUUUUGCCUUUGGAAGAUUUAUUUUUUCUUGGUUUCUUGCCAGGGGUGUGUGUGAAUGUCAGACACUUGAGAUCCCUGUACAGCUUUGCACAAGGGGUGAAACAAAUCCACUCUCUAGCUCUGUUACCAGGAUCAGUGAAACAGAUGCAGUUUAUAUCGUCCUCCUCCCUCUUCUCUGCUCAUUCUGCCCAUCUGCAUUGUUGUGAUCUUCUGCGGGAUGCGGCUGCAACCAGGGAGAUGUUUUGUGAUCCUGUAUCUUAUUUCCAAAGGGGAAUAUCCCGGGGGCUAGCGCCUGUGUAGAGAAUGUCUCUAGAGGUGGGGACUGGGGUUUGUGUCUCACUGAUCACUGCUUUUCGUAACAUCUGUUCUAGUGAGCGGUGCUUCUGUAACAAUUGGGGGUGAGGGUGUUGAGCUGGGAUUGUCCUCUUGUGCCUCCUGUCUCUGUGUGUGGCUGAGGCAGGUGGGCAGUGGUCUGUCCUUUUGCCCUGCAUGACGCCAAAUCAAAGAUUGUUCUGGCAGAUUUUUAAGGUUCUUCCCUUUCUUUAAGUGUGGGGAUGCCUCUUCCUCCUUGACCCUUCCCCGUUCCCCUCCCAGACCUCUGCCAGGGCCUCUCCCACAAAUUGGACACAGUUAAAGAGGAUGUCUUUCCAUCCCAUUCCUCAACCCACCGUGCUCCAGCUUCCUAUACCAGUGCAGUCUGUGAACUAUCUGCAGAAAGGGAUGCGUUGAACUACAUGCUCACCAGGCUGGAGGCAGAUGCAGUGCAGCAUCCCUGCCAUCCUGCACCCCAGACGUGCUUCCCCAUGUCCAUUGCAGCUUUGCUUCUGCGGGACCAUCAGCUCUGCAAGGUGAGGAUGUGAGACUGGUCUCCAAGGCCCAUAGCGUGAUCUGUGCUGAGGCUACUGUACAGAACCUGCUAAGGCAGAGGGGAAUCCCUGGGGCUUUGUGAGGUCAGGGUGAAUUGACUUGGGAUCGUAGGGCCUGGUGCACCUGCCAGGGUAAGGCAAGCAUGACUUGCUCAGCGUCUUGUGCUGCCCCUUGCUGCCUUCUGGAGCUCACACAGUUGGCAGGGCAGAGCUAGAGGAGGCAGAAGACACAGAUAAGGGAGAGCAGACGAACAAGGGAAAGGGGAGGGGAAUUGUGGGUGAACAUGCUCUUGUGAAGUAAAGUGGGGGAAAGAGGAACUCAGUGCUGUCCAGCCCAUAACUCAGAGGAAGCCCCUAGACACUCAGCCGCUCUAAUUAGCCAACUGAACCGUGCUGCCAUCAGCUCAGGUGCUUUGCGAUGUUUCUGUUCAGCAGGAAGUGCUGUGCGGGAAGUUGCCGGGGCUGGUGGACUCUUUCCCCUCCCCAACCCCUGGCAAUGUCUCCAGAGGCUGGGGCUGGCCAUAUGGGUAGGAGGCAUUUUCUGCAUGGUGCGUGUUUGAUACAAGCCACUACCAAGCUUCACAAAUGUGACUCUCUGUUGAAGAUCCCAUGUUCACAGCAUUGUGCUUUAUAUGCAGCCAGGAGGUCAAAUCUCCACUCUUUCCUAGGACUUUUGAUCACCUGUAACUGUAAAGAGAUCUAUGAAACAUUACAAACAUACAGGGGCUGUAUGUUGUGGGGCAGAUUGUGGUUAAGGCAUAGGACUGGGAGCUAGAAGGUCUGGGUUCUGGCCCUGUCACUGAGGCAGUGUGUGACCUUGGGACAGUCACUUACCCUGUCUGUGCUUCAGUUUCCUCCUCCAGACAGACAGUAGCUUGUGGAGGUGUUGUGAAGCUAAAUUCAUUGCAUGUAAAGUGCUUUGAGGUCCUUGGAUCAAGGUACAAACGAUCCAGUGCAAGAUAAAUGGGCGGAGCUUAGGAAAGUUCCCUAUAAGAUUCUGCAGCUUCUUUUGAGCUUCCUCAGUCUGCAGAGGACUCUUCUCCUUAUGGGUUUAAGAGUGCUUUGGUGCGUGGACAUGGAUUGGAUUAUCUGUGGGGUUUCCCUAGGGGCUGUGUUGAACUUGAGGCUAUAGGGCUACCAGUUUAAAACCAGAACGUGUUGUCAGACUCUCUAGAGUUGCAGUGCACACUCCCUGGCCCAGCUUUCAUCAGCAAUAGUGGACUUCAUGCUCCCAUGCGGCUCCCUCAUAUCUGUUCUUGGGCCAAUUUCAGAAUGCAUGGAAUGUGCAGAAAUUGAGGGUGUGGGCUGAUUUGGCUAAGGCCUGGAUUUCACAGAAUAUUGUCAGCAUUUUUUUUUUUAAAGAAACAAACAGUGUCAGAUGCACUGAUCAUGUUUGGUUUUCUAAAUAUCUUUUUUUCAAAAAUCUGUGUUUUACUCCCUGACUUUUUAUUGGGGUCAGAACAUUGAGAACCGAACAUCAUGAGUAGUUACAGAGAGCAACUUAAUUAAACCGUGGACCAAAUUCCUUGCUCUUACAAGGGCACAACUCCAUUGUCAUACACCAGCUGUGAAUUUGGCUCUCUGACUGACACCACCUUUGUUAUUGUUUCCCAGUGGGCUUUUGCCUCACUCCAAAUUCUUUCCUUCUCUUCCCCUCUCUUCAAAAAACAGAAGCACAAUGAGCACUGUAAAAUCAAAGAGGAACCCCAGCAAAAUGUUUAAUGAAACCACCAAAAACAUUGUGCCUCAAACUUCCCCAAGCUCUUUAAACCUCUUCUGCAGUCCUGUGAAUCUAAAAGCUGCAACAUUGUGCAAAGGCAGAGGAGCCAGACAGUGAAACUGACAAAGAUCAGAAAGAAAAGGAGGACUUGUGGCACCGUAGAGACUUACAAAUUUAUUUGAGCAUAAGCUUUCGUGAGCUACAGCUCACUUCAUCGGAUGCAUCAUGAAAGCUUAUGCUCAAAUAAAUUUGUUAGUCUCUAAGGUGCCACAAGGACUCCUUUUCUUUUUGCAAAUACAGACUACUCUGAAACCAGUGAUCAGAAAGUGACCCAUGGCAGCGUGGCCAUGAAAUGCAUCCAGUACACAAAUGGCAUAAAGUAAACUCUGUUUGCUUUUAGGAAUCCACAGCGUUGCUAAUAACACUGGAAGGCUAAUUCUGUCUUGCAGGGUCUGAUAUUUAACUGGGAGAUGUCCCCUUUUCAAAGCUGCUUUGGAAAAGUAGCUGAUUACUGGAUCCGAACAAUGGUUCAGCUCUGUUACUUUCUUGAGGAGAAAUGGAUUAUUGGUGAUGUUUGUGUUGUGUCCAUGAGUUGCACAGUGCACUUAUGUCCUGACUGGUACAAGGACCCACAGCUCACACUUAGGAUAAGCAUGAAAGGAAUUACUGAGGGAACGAAACUGCCCAUAAUCUUGUUGCAUGCCAUCUUGGAAAGCAAUCCGGUUGCUUCUCUGAGUUGCACCUCCAACUGUCUCUUUUACAACCCUGCUGGUGAAUUCCUCAUUGCAAGGAGCUCUGCUUAGCAAGGGGGGCUCCUGCUCUCUCCCUUGUGCCCCCCUUCUUGUUGGCAGCCCCCCGAUGUGGUGGUCUCACUGUGCUAGUAUUGAAACGUCCAGCACUGCCAUCCCUAUAAUGUUACCAAGCACAAAUCUCCCCCUACGAGCACCUGAAAGGAUAUUUCAGCUGGGUGGAAACUCCCGUCACUACAUAUACCUCUCAACUGUCCCAGGUUUGCCUCUGGCCCAAGCACAUCCCGUGUUCUCUCUCCUUCGUUCUGGAAAACGUCUGACAGCAGAAAGGUGGACUCAGGAAACUGAAGGUUAGAGAAAAUGUUAUUUCUGUUCCAGGCGCCACGCUUGCAUUAUUUGCAGAUGCUUGCACUACUGUUUGUUGUCUCUCUCUCCUUCUGGAUCUGUGUUCCACAUGUGGGCCUUAGUGGGCUGAGAGGUGUAUAUGGUCUGUAGCCGGAGCCUGAAAAGGAACAGAGGGAGAUAGAUGGGAAUUUAUUCCUCUCUCUCUCUCUCUCUCUAAUAUUCACAGUAAUUAACCCUGCGGUUUGUACUCUGUAAAACUUGGUAUAUUUCUGUGCCAAAAUAUUAUUUAUUAAAAAAAAACCA